ACCAAGGCAGCUCAGAGGCUUGGAGGGUGGAAUAUUUUGAAGACAUCAGUCAAAGCAGUUUGGGAAACCUUAAGCUGGCAACUGAGACUGUUUGUGAAGUCACUUCAGUGGAUGGCCCCAGAAGUGGCGGCCAAAUGGAAAUUGGGUCACAUGACCGCCUCCAGGAAGGCGCGCUGAACCUGGAACUGGCCAAUGGAGUGAAUCGCUACUGUACUGAUGAUGAAGAAUCUAUGGAAACGGAGCAGCAGAGGGCAGAAAGCAUCCCUCCAAGAAAGUGCUGGGUGGCAGGAAAAGGCAAAGUUAGUGACACCCAACAAAAGCAGCCAUGUUGGAAGAGCAGCAGUGGUUCAACCCCUGGAGAGCCUGUGCACCAUGCAAACAUGGAGGAUGCCCACAAUCUGGUGGCUUUUUCCGCUAUUGCUGGCUCCUUGCCUCCCUCUUCUUCCUCAUCCUACCUUCUUGCGCAGCCUAACACAGCCCAGUUAUAUGAAAGGUUCGCCCAGGAGAAGGGUGCUGAGGGGGCUCAGGCCAGAAUCUCUGCAGGUGUUCCUGAGGGAAGGCAUCAAACUCCAGAAGACCUGAACACGCUACAGACAGCACUGAGCCAAGCCAAACACGGACACAAGCCCGCUAACUGCAACUGUGAUGGGCCUGACUGUCCAGACUACCUUGAGUGGCUGGAUAAGAAGAUUAAGUUGGCAACCAGCGAGGACCAAGGUGCCCCCAAGACCACUGAUGCUCCCCCACACUUAGACCCUCAUCUACAACAACCCCGUUUGCAGCAUCAACCUCAGCCCUACACCCAGGUGAAUGGUGGCCACCAUCUUUCUACUUCAUACUCUCAGCAGCUACAGGGAUCUCAAGGCCCAUACCCAGACCAGGUGCCCUGCUCCAAACCCCCAAUUCCUUGCUCACCCCAGGUGCUCUCCCUAGCCAAGGCAAAGAACAUAAAUCUUCAGACAGCUAUUGCCAUUGAAGCCCUGACCCAGUUAUCUGGUACCAAUCCACAAGCUGUUGGCAUUCCUGGUCAAAGCCCUUACAACAGUAACCUUCAUCACCACCAACAUACCCAGAAUCUCCCAUCCCAGCCACCCAAUGGCUCUAGCUUGAUUCUACACUCUCCCGGCACCCACUCAUCAUCCUCACGUUGCCAGUCCGUCCCCCCAGGAAUACACACCAGCCAGCAGGCUCCAGUGUCCUUUGAGCACCACAGGCCCCAGUCACAGGGCCAGCCACCUCAUGCUUCCCCUCUCCCCUCCUCUACCUCUCCCUUCCCAGGUCAGGGAAAACCUCCAGGCUUCAGCCACAGUCCCCAACAAUGGCAGAAGGGCCCAGACAGAGGCUCUGAACAGAGGAAUUCAUGGAUGUGUAUUAAGUCUGAGCCCAAGUCUCACUUUGCUGCUGCACCUCACAGUAGCUCAGACCCUAUGUCAGAGCUCAAACAGCUGCUUGGGGACACCAGUGGCACGUUCAGCAAUGCUCCUUUCAAGCUUCCAGUCACACAGCAGCUCAGCUUGAACCAGAAUGGAGGUAUCCAGGCCCAGGAUAACCCAGCACUGUCCAGGUUAAAGCAAGAGCAAGACUCUGGUGAGCACUAUCAUCAUGCUGCAUCCAUGGGACAUUAUGGCAUGGCUAAUGGUCAGCAGCAGGGUCAGCACUACCCUGGCACUCACAUGUCACCGGGCCAAGCAGUCAUCAGCCACUCCACUCAGGCAGCUCUACAACAGCACCUUCACUACAAGAGGAAUCUCUUCUCUAACCACUCCCCUGGCUUUGGAGCACCAGGCCCAUCUGCACCUUUGGCUUGCCAAAGCUUGAAAAAAUGGUGGCCACAGAUGGAGGCAGAAGGUUUGCCACAUCUGGCCAUCAAGCAGGAACCUAAAGAACCCAGGAAGAAAAAGAGUGUCCAGGGGUCUCCUGUAUUAAAAGGUAUAAGUGGGAUGCUUGCAAGCUCUCCCUUGCCCAAACCCAAACAGAUAAUCAUCAAGAAGACCAAGCAGAAAGCUUCCUUGCCAACGUUCCUGCCUCAGAUUCAGAUCAGUGUAAAGAAACCACCAGUCCUCAUGAUGGACAGAGCCCCGGCCCUGACCAGCCUGCAAGCAGGUUGUUUCCCUCCUCUGCACCUCCAUAGUAACUCCACUCAGGCUGCUGCUGCAGGCCUCCCUGCCCCAGCCCAAUCUCAGGUAUCCAUGUCCAACUCCUCAAUGACUCCCUCUUUCACCGUUUCUGCUUUGUCAGAAAACACUCCAGCCCAUAUGGGCCCUCUGCCCCCACCUAUGGCUCCUGCAGCCCAUGCUAAGUCAGAAGGAAUAGCUCCCCUGGCCCCCAGUAACACCAGCACCACCACACCUCUGACCUCCAUGUCUCCAUCCAGCACCUCACAAUUACCGAGUCUUAUCAACAUAGACCCUAAGUACGAAGAUCUGAUUCGCCAGUUUGAGGCUGAAUUUGGGGACGCCCCAGAUGCUCCUGCUGGUCAGCCAAAGGAGGAAAUUGCUUUAGCACCGCAGCUGGGGAAUCAGUCCCAGACCAGUCCCCGGGACCUCAGUACCACAUCAUCAUCCACGUCCCAGUCAGCUCCCUCAGUUCUCACCACUCAAGCUAGCUCCACACCUCAUCACACUGAUCAGGAGAUGGAUGCUCACAAGGAUGAGUCAGGGACCCAAAGUGAAUCAGCCAUGACCCAGGCUUCCACAGAGACCCCUGUGAAGGAGGAGUGUGAGGGGCCCCUCCAUGUCUCUCUGCAGCAUGAGGCAAUGCUGGACAAGCAGCAGCAACCCAGUGUGACAGAGGAUCAUUUCAGCAUUCCUUGUUCCCCGCUGCCUAAACGCAUGAAGAUUGAAACCUCGGGUGAUAUAACAGUGCUGUCCACCACAUGCUAUUCUGAGGAGGACACCCCGACAAAGGACAGUCUGCCUUCUUCUCCAUCUCUCAGAGGCUUCCUCGAGUCUCCUCUGCGUUACCUGGAGAGCCCCACCAAGAGCUUGCUGGAUACUCCCUCCAAGGAUCUACAGUCAGAGUUUCCCCUCUGUACCUGUGUGGAACAAAUCCAGGAGAAAGACGAAGGACCCUACUACAAUCACCUGGGAUCUGGACCUACUGUUGCAUCCAUCCGAACUCUGAUGGAGACCAGGUAUGGAGAGAAAGGGGAGGCUGUCCGGAUUGAGAAGGUGGUGUACACAGGCAGAGAGGGAAAGAGUUCACGAGGAUGUCCCAUCGCCAAGUGGGUCAUCCGCCGUGGCAGUGAGACAGAGAAACUGCUUUGCCUGGUGCGUGAGCGUAAUGGCCACCACUGUGCCAACGCUGUCAUCAUCAUCCUCAUUAUGGCCUGGGAAGGUGUCCCGAAGAUGCUGGCCGACAAGCUGUACCGUGAGCUCAGCGACAGCCUCACCAAAUACGGCAACGCCACCAGCCGACGCUGUGGCCUGAAUGAUGACCGUACCUGUGCAUGUCAAGGCAAGGAUUCCGAGAGUUGUGGUGCUUCCUUCUCCUUUGGCUGCUCGUGGAGUAUGUACUUUAAUGGCUGCAAGUACGCUCGAAGCAAAUUGCCGCGCAAGUUCAGGCUACAAGGAGAUCGCCCUGAAGAGGAGGAGAAACUCAGGGAUAACUUUCAGGAUCUUGCAACUGAGGUGGCUCCUUUGUACGAACGGCUCGCCCCACAGGCGUACAGUAAUCAGUGUCAGACAGAGUCCAAAGCUCCAGAGUGCAGGCUGGGCUUAAAGGAGGGCCGACCGUUCUCUGGAGUCACUGCUUGCAUGGACUUCUGCGCCCACGCUCAUAAGGACCAGCACAAUCUCCAUAAUGGUUGCACAGUGGUGUGCACUUUAACUAAAGAGGACAACCGUUCGGUGACGGAGAUCCCUGAUGACGAGCAGCUUCAUGUGCUGCCUCUCUACAAGAUUUCCCGGACUGAUGAGUUUGGCAGCGAGGAGGCCCAGAACCUCAAGAUGAAAACAAAAGCCAUCCAUGUGCUGCAGGCUUUCCGCCGUGAAGUACGCAAAUUGCCCGAACCUGCCAAGUCGUGCCGACAGCGCAGACUGGAUGCCAAGAAGGCCGCGACCGAGAAGAAGAAAAUUAAACUAAUGCAGCAGGCAGGGGAGAUGCCAGAGAAAACAGUGGUGAAGACUGAGGUCUGCAGUGCACCUCAACCCCAAGGCAAUAAAGCAAUUAUAAAACAAGAGAUGAAGCCCAACAUCAAGAAGGAGCCCUUCAACGGAUCAAUAGAUGGAUACCCUGUGCAGGCAGCAGACCCAUUCAACAACAUUUAUCCACACCCUGCCUACUAUGCAAGGGGAGGCCUCCCCCCAAAUGGCCAGCCCUCUGCACCUGAUCCAGUGAAUGGUUACCAUCCACCACCCAAUCUGCCCCCAGUGCACUAUGGCUACUACAACUACCCCCCUAAUGCACUUUUCCCCCCUAAGCUGAGAACCUACGAGGGUCGAAAUGGCCCUUUGCCCAAAGCAGGCGGUAAGGCUGUCCAAGUAGACCAGAAACCUGAUAUUCAGAGCCUUCAGGCCAAACUGGCCCAGUCCUACCCUGGCCACCUGGAGCAAACCAGCCAACCACACCAUAGCGCUUAUGGCCAGCCUGCAGAUUACAACCAGUCCCGUCCUUCCUCUGUCUCCUCUGAGCACUCCAACAGGGGCACUCCAGUAAUCAAACAGGAGCCUAUGGAUGUGCCCGUCUAUGAAGGCACAGUGCCGAGCCAGGCUGGUGCUAACACACCAGGCAACAUCAUCCAGCAUGCUGCUUGGCCAGGACACAAGCUUAAUGGAAGUAUCGCUCCCACAAACUGGGACAGCCAUCUGAACCAGAAACAAAGUUCUGAAGCCUCAUCACUGAACCUGGAAAAGCAGCAGUUCCACCAACACUCACUGCAGCGGCAGUCCUCUCCCUUCCCCCAGCAGUGGGCAUCAUACCCAGGCUCACAUGCCAUGAUGGCCUCUCCUGCCCCAUCACCAACACACCAGGUACCUCUCUCUCCAUCUCCAUCCCCUUACCCUGGCACUCCGCUCCAAGGCAACAUGUACCAAGGCUCUGCACGUCCUUCCACCCCACACUCCAGCACCCCUCGCCCAGGUACACCACAGCCUGGCACCUCUCACUCAGGCUCAGUUACACCACAGCCAGGUACCCCAGACCCUGGCAACCCCAGACACUGGCCCAGCCCUGCAUACAGCCCUGGUUUGAAGCACAGCAAUCCUGCAGCAUACCCAGACAAAAUCUGGUCCAAGACUGGGGAGAGUCGAUGUUCCACUCCCCUUGGGCUCCAGGAGAAGGCCUGGAAGUCUUGUGGUGGUUCAGCGGCAGGCAGUACUCCGUCCCCUGCCCCUGAGGGCCGUCUCUUCCCCGAGGCCCUGCAGCAGUCAGAUCAGGUCCACUGGGACUUCAGGCAAGCUCAGAGUGACAUCGAGAGCAUCAGGCGCCGGGAGGAGGACGAGGUGUUCUCGGACAGCGAGCACAACUUCCUAGAUCCCAAUAUUGGGGGUGUAGCUGUUGCACCAGCCCAUGGCUCCAUCUUGAUUGAAUGUGCCCGUCGGGAAUUACACGCCACCACACCACUCAGAAGGCCUGAUCGCUCCCACCCCACCCGCAUCUCCCUGGUCUUCUACCAGCACAAGAACCUCAACCAGCCCAUGCACGGCCUGGCUCUGUGGGAGGCCAAAAUGAAGAUACUGGCGGAGCGAGCACUGCAGAGGCAGCAGGAAGCGGCUCUCCUUGGCCUCUCCCAGGAAGACAUCAAGGCCCUCGGUAAGAAACGCAAAUGGGGGGCUACAGCGGCAGGUGCGAGUCCUGGCCCAGGACAAUCUAAAGACAAGAGGGAAGGGCCAGUGACAAGGUUAGCCCCCACGUUCCACACCACCUCUAUGGUUACUGUGUCUCCCUAUGCCUUCACCCGCCUCACUGGGCCCUACAGCCACUUUGUCUGAUGUCAGACAGACGCAAACUGACUACAGAGUGGUGCAGUGGAGGGCUGGAGACAGUGAUGAGCAGGAUGAAUGUCUCUCCGCCCGUCUGACAGUCUGGCAUCUCUGAAUCCUGUCCCCUCUGCAGUCCUCUUGUAGGAGGGGACAUUUUUAUUGUUUUUUACCUCAUGUCAGGCAGUGGUUUUGACUUCAGACACACUGCCUGUGGUGCUCUGUCUCUCUCUUCCCUGGAGAGGAACUCCAUUGCUUUCUCUUGUUUGUAGAAUUUUAAUGGUUCUAAUUAUUGCUAUUAUCAAUAUUAUUAUGAUUGCUAUUGUUACUGUCAAUGUUGUUAUUACAGGUAUUAUUAUGAUGAA